AUGACUGGUGCAGCAGCCCUCCCCUCCUAUGCCUGCGACGUGGUCACAGGCCGGCGUAAGAGCACCAUGGCCCAUUCGGGCUUGGCCUGUGCCUUUCCUCUUGGGCCUGGGUUUGAGAAGGCCCAAGCCUCAACCUCUUUGGGAUCACUUAAUCCCCUCGGCUCAACCCCUUCUCUUGUCUUAGGGCAUGAAAGCCCCAUCUGCUCGCUGCGACGAAGGAGAGGAGCCCUUGCUUCUUUUCCAGCCCCUGCUUCAUCUCUCGUCUCCGAUAAACGCCUUCUAAAGGAAGUGCCACCCCAAAUGGAUGCGCCGCCGCCUGCAAAUGGGGACAACCAAAAAAUCAGGCCAGAGCUCCAGGGUUUUGAUUCCAGUGGAUUAAUGAGAAUCAAAAUUCUCUGCUGGAAUGUCCGUGGGCUUAAUGAUCUUGAAAAAAGAAAGCUAAUCAAGGGUGUGGUGAGGAAUCAAAAACCGGAUUUGGUUUGCCUCUUAGAGAUGAAGGUGAAAGAAAUGUCUCUGCAAAUGGUAAAAAGCGUGGGUGUAGGAAGAUUUCUUAACUGGGCGUCAGUGGACGCUAGGGGUGCGGCAAGAGGCCUCCUUCUCUUCUGGGAUAACAGAGUUCUGGAGAAUUUGGAGGUUGAAAGUGGAGGGUAUUCCAUCUCUGUUCGAUUUAGAAAUUGUGCUGACGGCUUCUCUUGGAUUUUCUCCGGAGUGUACGGGCCAGUGAUUGGUAGCGAAAAAGAAGAUUUUUGGGAGGAACUUGGAGCCAUCCGUGGCCGCUGGGAUGACCCUUGGUGCGUAGGAGGGGACUUCAACUCUGUAAGAUUCCCAGAGGAAAGAAGGAACGCCCCUAGCCUCACAGCUGAAAUGAGGAGAUUUUCAGAGGUGAUAGGGGAGCUAGGGCUAAGGGAUUCUCCACUGACCGGAGGUCCCUUCACUUUGAUAGGGGGUUUGAACUCUCAAGCUGCCUCUAGCCCCAUAGUCCUAGAAGCUGGAGGUUUCUCCUCAGGAAAAAGCCCCUUCCAUUUUGAAAAUAUGUGGCUGAAAAUAGACGGAUUCAAAGACCUAGUAAGGAGCUGGUGGAAUGGGUAUUCUGUAGAAGGCUAUAGCAGCCACUGCAUUGCUGAGAAACUCAAAGCACUUAAAAAGGACCUGAAAAUCUGGAAUAAGGAGGUGGUAGGCAACGUCUCUUCCAAUAGAGUAGAGGCCUUCGCCUGCUUGCAGUAUUGGGAAGCCAAGGAGAAGGAGAACCCGCUUAACCCUGGAGAUAUGGAGGCUAAAAAUCUGUCUCUUGAGGACCAUAAGAAAUAG